ACGCUCUUUGCCCCUUCCCGCGCCUCUUGGCUGCUAGUCAGUCCUGCUAGGGCACUUCUGGAAACUCGCAGUCGACUCCCUGCCUUGGUCCGACUUUGAUCGCGGCUUUGAUAACUUGGCGCAGCGCCCCGUCUCCUUUCCUCCAGUCCCUCUCCCGCCCACGCGACCUCACCGGCCGCUUAGCCUCUAGCGCUGGAGUCGACCAGAACUCCGCGGCUCGGCUGCCGGCAAGACCCGGAUAGCGGAUUCCCCUCCUGGCUGCGCGGCGCGUACUCGCCCGCCCGCCCGCUCGUUCCUCGCGCGGGCACUGGGCAUGCGCGGCGCGCGGUUGGCACUGGCCGCGAGCGGGCGGGCGGCUCCAGACUUCACAGGCAGCAGCUAGCGAGGCGGUCUCGCCCGGCGCGAGGCCGGCGCUGUGCUUGCCUCGGAGAUCGCUGCUCUUCAGCUGGGCGCAGGAGGCGGCUCCGCGGCUCGCGCACGACUGGCUGGGCGCGAAUCAGAUUGGGGGGCUUUCUCCCGGUCCCCUCCCACCUCGUCUGGGCUCGCGGCGUCUCCAGGGAAAGCCGUGGCCCCGAGGGCGGAUCCGAGAACACACGAGUGAAAGACACAAUGAAUGGUCAUAUUUCUAAUCAUCCCAGUAGUUUUGGAAUGUACCCAUCUCAGAUGAAUGGCUACGGAUCAUCACCUACCUUUUCCCAGAUGGACAGAGAACAUGGUUCAAAAACAAGUGCAAAGGCCCUUUACGAACAAAGGAAGAAUUAUGCACGGGACAGUGUCAGCAGUGUGUCAGAUAUAUCUCAAUACCGUGUUGAACACUUGACUACCUUUGUCCUGGAUCGGAAAGAUGCUAUGAUCACUGUUGAUGAUGGAAUAAGGAAAUUGAAAUUGCUUGAUGCCAAGGGCAAAGUGUGGACUCAAGAUAUGAUUCUUCAAGUGGAUGACAGAGCUGUGAGCCUGAUUGAUUUAGAAUCAAAGAAUGAACUGGAGAAUUUUCCUUUAAACACAAUCCAGCACUGCCAAGCUGUGAUGCAUUCAUGCAGCUAUGAUUCAGUUCUUGCCCUGGUGUGCAAAGAGCCAACCCAGAACAAGCCAGAUCUUCACCUUUUCCAGUGUGAUGAGGUUAAGGCAAACCUAAUUAGUGAAGAUAUUGAAAGUGCAAUCAGUGACAGUAAAGGAGGGAAACAGAAGAGGCGGCCCGAGGCCCUGAGGAUGAUUUCCAACGCAAACCCUGGUAUACCACCUCCACCCAGAGCGCCUGCCCCUGCGCCCCCUGGGACCAUCACCCAGGUGGAUGUUAGAAGUCGAGUGGCAGCCUGGUCUGCAUGGGCAGCCGACCAAGGGGACUUUGAGAAACCAAGGCAGUAUCAUGAGCAGGAAGAAACGCCUGAGAUGAUGGCAGCCCGCAUUGACAGAGAUGUGCAAAUUUUAAACCACAUUUUGGAUGACAUUGAAUUUUUUAUCACAAAACUCCAAAAAGCAGCAGAAGCAUUUUCUGAGCUUUCUAAAAGGAAGAAAAACAAGAAAGGUAAAAGGAAAGGACCAGGAGAGGGUGUUUUAACGCUGCGGGCAAAACCUCCACCACCUGAUGAAUUUCUUGACUGUUUCCAAAAGUUUAAACAUGGAUUUAACCUUCUGGCCAAACUGAAGUCUCAUAUUCAGAAUCCUAGUGCUGCAGAUUUGGUUCACUUUUUGUUUACUCCAUUAAAUAUGGUGGUGCAGGCAACAGGAGGUCCUGAACUAGCCAGUUCAGUACUUAGUCCCCUGUUGACUAAGGACGCAAUUGAUUUCUUAACUUACACUGUCAAUGGUGAUGAACGGCAGCUGUGGAUGUCAUUGGGAGGAACUUGGAUGAAAGCCAGAGCAGAGUGGCCAAAAGAACAGUUCAUUCCACCGUAUGUUCCACGGUUCCGCAAUGGCUGGGAGCCCCCAAUGCUGAACUUUGUGGGAGCAACAAUGGAACAAGAUCUUUAUCAACUGGCAGAAUCUGUGGCAAAUGUAGCAGAACAUCAGCGCAAACAGGAAAUAAAAAGAUUAUCCACAGAGCAUUCCAGUGUAUCAGAGUAUCAUCCAGCCGAUGGCUAUGCAUUCAGUGGCAACAUUUACACAAGAGGAUCCCACCUGGACCAAGGGGAAGCUGCUGUUGCUUUUAAGCCAACUUCUAAUCGCCAUAUAGAUAGAAAUUAUGAACCACUCAAAACACAACCCAAGAAAUAUGCCAAAUCCAAGUAUGACUUUGUAGCAAGGAACAACAGUGAGCUCUCAGUUCUAAAGGAUGAUAUUUUAGAGAUACUUGAUGACCGGAAGCAAUGGUGGAAAGUUCGAAAUGCAAGUGGAGACUCUGGAUUUGUGCCAAAUAACAUUUUGGAUAUUGUGAGACCUCCAGAAUCUGGAUUGGGGCGUGCUGAUCCACCUUAUACUCAUACUAUACAGAAACAAAGGAUGGAGUAUGGCCCAAGACCAGCUGAUACUCCCCCUGCUCCAUCACCUCCUCCAACACCAGCUCCUGUUCCUGUCCCCCUUCCCCCUUCCACUCCAGCACCUGUUCCUGUGUCAAAGGUCCCAGCAAAUAUAACACGUCAAAACAGCAGCUCCAGUGACAGUGGUGGCAGUAUCGUGCGAGACAGCCAGAGAUACAAACAACUUCCGGUGGACCGAAGGAAAUCUCAGAUGGAGGAAGUGCAGGAUGAACUCAUCCACAGACUGACCAUUGGUCGGAGUGCUGCUCAGAAGAAAUUCCAUGUGCCACGGCAGAACGUGCCAGUUAUCAAUAUCACUUAUGACUCCACACCAGAGGAUGUGAAGACAUGGUUACAGUCAAAGGGAUUCAACCCUGUGACUGUCAAUAGUCUUGGAGUAUUAAAUGGUGCACAACUUUUCUCUCUCAAUAAGGAGGAACUGAGGACAGUCUGCCCUGAAGGGGCGAGAGUCUAUAGCCAAAUCACUGUACAAAAAGCUGCAUUAGAGGAUAGCAGUGGCAGCUCCGAGUUACAAGAAAUUAUGAGAAGACGACAGGAAAAAAUCAGUGCUGCUGCUAGUGAUUCAGGAGUGGAAUCUUUUGAUGAAGGAAGCAGUCACUAAUUUGUUUGUUUGUUUUUAAACUCCAUUGUCUUUGGCAUUAUUCCAACAUGCUUUGUUUUAAGAAGCCUUGAAGGGAAUGUCAGAUUCAUUUUUCUUGAUGUAAUUUAUCACCAUAAAAAAACCCAUGCAAACCUGAGUGAGCACAGGAUUUGCUUCUAGGCCCAUUAUUUUUAUUAAAACUGAAAAAAUUUAAACUGAAUUUUUUGACCUUGGAAAAUAUUUUUCUUACUUUACCAAGGUGAAGUUUCCUUAAUCAGAUUAAUUAUUUUAUCCCCAUCCCAGGGUAUAAACAGGAAGUGUUUUGAUAGUGGUGGAGUUAUUCACUGCAACAAAGCAACAAUGUUGUCCAUGAUUCAAAAUCUAAGCAGUUUCGAUUUUGCCUGUGAAUAUGGUGUCUGUCAUUCAGGGCGUAGCUCACUGUAGGCUAGCCUCUGCUUAGUUAGGUCUCUUCUCUGACAUACUCAAUGGAAGAAUAUUUAGAUUUAUUUAAAGUUCUUAAUGCCAACAGUUAAAAAAAAAAUAAAACAUUUGAAUGAACUGUAAAGUACAGCCAUACCUUGGACAUGCAAAUAUAAAUCUAUGGAGCAUUCUCAAGACAGUUUGUCACGGCUCUGUUGAUUGCAAUUCCUUGUAUAGCUUGUAUUUUGAUUUAGUUUAUAUUCUGCUUAUUAUGUAUACUGUGUUCUUAUAUAUGAGAAAGCACAAAUGGGAAAGAGGUCAUGUCUGCUCAAAAUCUAGCAAAGGAAUUAGUCUGCAUUGGUGUGCAUUACAGUAUUUUGCUUAAUGAAAGCCUCAGUUCCAAAUGUUGAUAUGAGUAGUUAAAAGGAAGUGGGGCCAUUUUAUGUGUUUAUCUGUGUCAAGUCUUCCUGGUAAUAAGAAGCACUUAAUUUACACAUAUUUUAAUCCUGUGAAAGAUUCCACAUAGAGAAAAGAAAGAUACCUAACCUUCAACAAAUGUUAUUUUUGGAAACACAAUUUUUGUCAUUAAAUGUUAUAUUAUUUCACAUAUAUAAAACAGAUGUUAUGUAAGAAUGUUGUAUAUUUUAACAUAAAUCAUUUAGAGAAAUUAUCUAGAUUCAUUAAUUUUCAUAGUGCCUUUUUCACAUGAGUCAGCUGGAAAGUCUGCAAUAAACAGUAUUUGCUGUCUGUUAAUAAA